AUGAAAGCGUUCGUUUACGUCGCGUUCGUCGCAACGGUUGUAAUUUCGGAGCCGAACGACCCAGCGACAUCGGCGCCGACGAUUUUCAAGUGUUGCCAUCACGGCGAAAGCCUGGUGCUGUCGAACGAUCCGAACGAAUUGCCGCACUGCAAACCGUUGCCGGGCAAGUGGAUGCCGCUCAUUUACUCGCCGUCGAAGCAGACGCUCCGCUACUCUGGCAUACCGUCCGAAUGGCACGUCAUCGAAGCCACGCGACCGAAAUGCGACGACAGCCGGAAACUGAUCCACGUGCCCUACAGAAGAGCGAAUCCGUUCAUUUUGGUCGAUAACGGGAACGCGAUGCUCGAUAUAGAGAGCCUGGAGAGUUUUUCCCCAAGCCAAUACUGCUCCGACUUAGCCUACUUGCUUGUUUGUGUACGGAAGAAGUCCAGUAGUCAUGCUGCCGCGACGAUGAGGCCGCGUGUACGACGGUGCUGCGGCGAGAAUGCCACUUUCCAUGGGAAUACCUGUGUACACGUGAAAGAGACAGCGGACGCACCUCCUUUACUGCCAAACGCAAGUUUUGCCAUUGAAAUCAUAACGGGAUUCCCAACCUGUCCCAAAUCUGAUAAUUUUACCAUCUUGGGAAACACAAAGAAUGCCGUAUUGCAACCUGACGGCGGCCUGGAGAUAAACGGAGUUUCUUUACCUAGCGGGCAGUUUUGCGUCGAAAGAAUAAAAGAACUCAAUCAAGUGGCUAAAGUGUUUGCUUGCCCAGAACACGCACCACAAAGGCCGGUGAUGCAAGCAGCGGACAUCAGGUUCACCUUGUAUCCCGUGGGUUUCAUCAUUAGCGCCGUCUUCCUGGCAGCCACCCUCGCAGCCGGUUGGCUGCUACCAACCUCUCAUCACGUUCUGCACUGGCGUUGCCAGACUCAUCAUGUCGCCUGUCUGAUGCUGGGGGAUAUUCUCAUGGCCAUCAUUCAACUUGCCGGGGAUUCCCUUCAUGACGGAAGCUGCAAGGCGCUCGCGAUCAUGGCGCAUUUCUUCUUCCUGGCUGCCUUCUUCUGGCUGAACACGAUGUGCUUCAACAUCUGGUGGACAUUCAGGGAUCUGAGACCGGUGAGCCUGGAGAAAGGCCAGGAGACCCUCAGGCUCCGAGUCUACGGCUGUUACGCUUGGGGUGGGCCCUUCUUGGUCGCCGGGCUGGCGGCUCUUCUCGACCAUCUACCGCCUCAACCUCAAUAUACGUACCUCAGGCCCCGCUUCGGCGAGAAGCAGUGCUGGUUCUACGGUGACAUGGAAAUCUUGGCGUACUUCUUCGGACCGGUCGGAGUACUUCUGGCUAUAAAUCUUCUCUUUUUCGCGGUAACUGCUCGUGAAUUAACAUGCGGCCUCUGGAAAGGCGAAUUCGUGAAGAGCACUACCGAGAGGGCGACUCUGGGUCGCAUAUGCAUGAAACUCGUGAUCGUGAUGGGCAUCACCUGGGUGGCGGAUGUAGUCUCAUGGGCGGUCGGCGGGCCCCAGUACAUCUGGUACUUCACCGACUUGAUAAACGCUUGCCAAGGAGUGCUGAUUUUUGCGGCGGUCGGCUGCCAGCCGCAGGUCAGAGCCGCGCUGAAGAGGCUCUGCAACAGGAACCCGCAGACCAACGCCGGAAGGCAGGGUAACGGCCACAGCACGACCAGCCACGGGAUGCCCAGCAUGGGCGAUAGCGUGACGCAGAAUCCGAGCACCAAGACCGCACCGUUGGAGACCAUCUGCUAGGGUGGCUUUUUCUCCCCCUCCUUUUUAUCUCUCCCUCUCUCUCUCUCUCUCUCUCGGCGUGCGCAGCUUCCGAACAAGUUCGCCCCGACGAUAUGGACGCGUUCUCUGGGACAUUUUCUCUCGUCGCCGCGAUAACCAAGUAACCUUAGCGACGAGUCCCCCCUU